AUGAACGACAAACAAAAUUACACCUCCCAACACUCGAAGAUGACAACCGAUAACACCGAUGGGGCUAGUGGAACAUCGGCGAGCCCUAUCAGAUCCGUGAUGUCGUUGGAAUCAAUCACCACUCGCACCUCAACGCCUCAGCGUCCAACGACGGUUGUCGGUGAAGCACCACAACAAAGAGGCUCGAAAAUGACCACUGCUCCGAUGAGUGAACCAUGGAGACCAGUCAUUGAAGGGUUGAUGCCCUCUGCUACCGUAUUUGUGCAUAUUGCCUCAUCACAUAGCUAA